AUGGACUCGAUGUUCAACGUUGUUCGUGAAUACAUUUAUUGGUUAUCAGACCGUUUACUAAAUUUUACUCAAUUAUAUUAUUUAUCGAACACAAGAACAACUCGUUCAUUCAUACCUGUCAUUGAAAUCCGCGACCUCGGUGAACCUGUAUAUAGAUGGACUCCGCCCAAAAAACUUCUCAAUCCAUAUUUUUACGACUGGUUUAUGAAUUUUGUUCUAAAUAAUUUUAAUUACGUCAGUAAAAAGUAG